AUGGCUGAAGGUCUUACCCGGUACCAGACCGCGCCUCCAAACAACGCCAUUGUAGUCCACAACAGACAAUCUCUCAACGAUCUGGUCAAGGUCUACCCGGAAACAAUUCUCCACAGCGAGAAUGGAGGGUACUACCUCAAGAACAUGGACGAAGAGGUCAUUGCUGUCGCCGGCGAUGACCUAUGCGAGGAGCUGGACGGCGCCCUUGCUAGCAUUGAUGCCAUGGUUUCUGACGAUGAAGAUGAAGAUAAUUGUCUUCGUGCGGCACAUCUUACGAAGAGUGAGGAUCUCGCCUGA